CACAGGCUGACAGGCUCCCUGCCCACCUCUGCUUCCUCCAGGGACACAGGAACUCCAGGUCACAUCAAGGUCGCCAUGGAUUCACUCAGUGAAGCAAACACCCACUUUGCAUUGGAUCUGUUCCAGCAGUUCAAACUAUCAAAGAAGAAUGACAACAUCUUCUAUUCCCCUUUAUCCAUCGCAUCAGCAUUAGCCAUGACCUACUUAGGAGCCAAAGAAAACACUGCCCUCGAAAUUGGGAAGGUCCUUCACCUCAACGAAGCCACACACAAUACGAGAGGAAGAACUACGACAGAUCACGUUGAAAAGUUGGGCAAUGUGCACCACCAAUUUCAAAAGCUUCUAACGGAAUUAAAGAAACCCACUGAUGCAUAUGAACUGAACAUUGCCAACAAGUUCUAUGGAGAAAACAAGUAUCCAUUUCUUCAAGAAUAUAUGGAUAACGUCAAGAAAUUUUACCUAGCCAGUGUGGAAUCUGUUGAUUUUCAAAAUGCGGCAGAAGAAACUCGUAAGAAGAUUAAUUCCUGGGUGGAAAGCCAAACAAAUGGAAAAAUCAAGGAUCUGCUUCCCGAAAACUCUCUUGAGUCUACCGUUCUGGUUCUGGUGAACGCAGUCUAUUUCAAAGGACUGUGGGACAAGAAAUUUGAUAAAAAAUAUACGGUGGAGGAAAAAUUUUGGCUGAACAAGGAUACAAGCAAACCCGUGCAGAUGAUGAAACAGUCCAGUGUCUUCAAUUUCGCCUCACUGGAGGACGUACAGGCCAAGAUCCUGGAAAUGCCAUACAAAGGCAAGGAUCUAAGCAUGAUGUUGCUGUUGCCAAAUGAAGUGGACGGUCUGCAGAAGCUUGAAGACCAGCUCACCGCUGAGAAACUAGCAGAGUGGACGAGCUCACAGAACAUGAGCGAUAGAUGGGUGGAUUUAUAUUUACCUCGGUUCAAAGUGGAAGACGACUAUGACCUCAAGGCCACACUGCAAGCCUUGGGGAUGCUGGACGCCUUCAAUACACAGAGAGCCAACUUCUCAGGCAUGACAGGGAGCCUGGAUCUCGUGGUGUCUAAAGCCCUCCACAAGUCCUUUGUGGAGGUGACUGAAGAGGGCACCAAGGCCGCAGCUUCUACAAACAUAAGUGCUGGGUUUACAUCACCACCAACUUACCAUUUUCGUUGUGAUCACCCUUUCCUGUUCUUCAUCAAGCACAAUAAGACCAACUGCAUUCUCUUCCUGGGCAGAGUCUCUUCCCCUUAGAUACAAUUAGCCUGCCACUACUUACCGAGAAAUGCAGUUUGUCCAGUACAUUGACUGCUAAAAAUAACAUAUUCUCUUGCAUUCUUUUGUUCCUUUCCAAUCUCAUAGUCAUCACUGGGAACGUAAUGGUUGUCUAUCUAUCUCCCUCUUUCUACAAACACAUGUAAACCUAAAUUAUCUCCCCAUGAUAAUUCCCCUUUGGACAAAAUGUUCAACACGAGGUAAAAGGAUAUUUUAAUACUCUAUCUUCUACUAAAUUUGAAUAAUAUCUAUUUCAAAAACCAUAUCUACUAUUCAAACGUACUAACCUAAAUACCCACAUUUAUUUGAAUUUAGGUGACAUCUAGCACCCUUACUUGUCCAAAUUUCUUUUAUUUUGUGAAAUAGAUGAUCAAUAAAACAUU